UUGUAGUAUACUACAUACUCACCCAUGGCAACCCCAUGAAAGGCCAUCACACUGCAAAGAAAAACUCAGUUGGGUUUAUCCUUCCUAAUCUCGAGUUCAAGUUCAUCGAUCCUGAUACCGGUCGAUCUCUUCCGAAGAAUUCCCCGGGUGAACUGUGUGUUAGAAGCCAAUGCAUAAUGCAAGGUUACUAUAAGAACAAGGAGGAGACCAACCGAACCAUUGACCAGAACGGAUGGCUACACACCGGUGACAUUGCGUAUGUAGAUGACGAUGGAGAUAUCUUCAUCGUGGAUCGCAUCAAAGAGUUAAUCAAGUAUAAGGGUUUUCAAGUAGCUCCUGCGGAGCUAAAGGCCAUCCUCCUUACACAUUCCUCGGUCGAGGAUGCAGCAGUGGUCUCGACACUCGACAAGAAGCUUCGAAAGCACAAGAAAACCAAUACUUGCAAAAACGAACUCUCGUUGAGAUGA